AUGGCUAAAUGGUUUUUGACUCUGGCAGUAAGUUUUUGGUUAUUAAAAAGAUCUAAAACUGCACUACCUCACCACAACAACACUUCAAUGCCUGGGAAUAUCGUCAUUUCAUCGAAACUAACAUCAAUACCGGACAGAUUGAGCUACAUUUGGACAUCUACACGUGAUGUCGUAUUAAGAAAAUGUGCAAUGUCUUCUAAAUAUCGUUAUGGCUUGGAGUUUAAAAUAAAGAAGAAUAAUCUACACUUAUUCCUGCUAAUAUUAUUAUCUGGAGACGUUGCCACAAAUCCAGGACCUGGAACUUCGACUGAACACACUAGUAAUGAACUCAAUGCCAUUUAUCUGAACGCGCGAAGUCUUAAAGCUUUUGUGCCAUUUAAUGAUGAUUCUUCUGCUAAAGUCUGCAAGAUCACUUUGUUACAGGAACUAGUUCAUAGUGGGUCCUAUGACAUCAUCUGCAUUUGCGAAACUUGGCUCAAUGACUCAAUUAUAAGCAGCGAGCUGCUGCCUGGAUAUAGUGUCUUUCGCCGAGAUAGAGUUGAAAAGGUUGGGGGCGGAGUGCUUGUUGCCGUGAAAGCCAAUCUGCAUGCGACUAGACGGCCAGAUCUCGAAAGAAAUGAAAUCGAACUAGUUGUAGUGGAACUUAAUAACACGAACAGUAAACCUGUAAUCCUGUAUACGUUUUAUCGUCCUCCUGUUUCAGGCCCCGAAGUUUUCCAUCACCUUAGUUCAUCACUUCAGAAUACAAGCGAAUCUAGCUGUAUUGUUUUGGUAGGAGACUUCAAUCUUCCCGCACUUGACUGGACUACAUUCGAUGAACAAAUCCCUACUACGGCCGGAGGUCAACUGGAAAACAGUUUCUGCGAUCUGUUUGAUGAUAAUUUCCUACAGCAAUUCAUUCUUGGUCCUACCCACAACUGUGGCAAUAAACUUGACCUUCUUCUAAGUAACUGUCCUGAAAUUAUUACCAAUGUCGAAACAUCUACUCCCGAACAGUGCAAAUUUCCAACCGAUCAUUAUAUCGUCGAAUUUCAGAUCAAACUUAAAUUUAAGCGAGCUACUGUAGGAAUGUCAAACGUCGAAUUUACAACUACAAAAUGGCAAACUUUGAAGGUUUGCGUAGCUGCUUGUCCAAUGUACCGUUUGAGAACGCUUUCUCGGAUGAUAUUGUCCAAUACUGGUCGAAUUGGAAAGACUUAUUCUUGACGGCUGUGAAUAAAUUCGUCCCUGUUAAAACCAUUAAAGACAUAAAUUCCCCCCAAUGGAUUGACGGCGAAGUUCGUCAGCUUGUCCGUAAGAAAUACGCUGCACUCAAGAAAUUCCGCCAGAAUAGAUCCAUCAUCCGUAAGCAAAAGUUGCGUUGUAUAAGUCAAAACAUCAAGAGUUUGAUCAGAAAAAAACAUCGCGAAUAUCUAGAAAGAGUCGAAAGUUCGUUCAACAAAAACCCGAAGUUUUUCUGGAGCUACCAUAAAGCUAUUCUACACCAUAAGGAACAACACAACGCGGUUGUUACUUACAAAGAUAUUACAGCCAAAACUCCAGCAGAGAAAGCUGAACUUUUUAAUUCAUACUUCUCAUCUGUGUUUGUACCAUCAAAAUUCACCACUGACACUGACAUAGACUCUUUUGAUUCCGAUACCCAAAUAUCUGAUAUAACCUUAACAACGGAAGAAGUUGCUGCGUGUCUGUAUAAUCUGGACAUCUCUAAGGCAAGCGGCCCAGAUGGCAUUCCAGCAAGAAUUCUAAAGGAAUGUUGCCACCAAAUCGCACCUAGCAUUUGUGACCUGUUCAAUCAUUCGCUACGCACUGGGCGCCUUCCCUCCGAAUGGAAAUCAGCUGAUGUUACACCCAUUGACAAGAAAGACCUUAAAGAACCCGUUGAAAAUUACAGACCGAUUUCCCUCCUGCCUAUCAUCAGCAAAGUUUUGGAACGUUGUGUUUCCAGGAGAUUCUACGAUCACGUCAUUCACCUCAUCACACCAUCACAACAUGGUUUUCUUAGAAAUCGUUCGUGUAUCACGCAGCUUGUCCAAGUUCUUCAAGCUGGGUUCCUGUUAUCUCUGGCGUGCCACAAGGAAGUAUCCUGGGUCCGAUACUUUUUGCUGUCUUCAUAAACGAUCUUCCGGAAGUAAUAUCCAAUGGCUCUUCGGAAGCUAUGUAUGCUGAUGAUACAAAGUUGUUUAGAAACAUCAACUCUACAACUGACGGUGAUUGUCUACAAGAAUCUUUAUCCAACCUCGACACGUGGAGCCAUGAUAAUAACAUCAAGUUCAACGCAUUAAAAUGUAAGGUUUUGAGCGUGACUCGAAAGAAAUAUCCCGUGACUUACAACUAUCAUCUGGGUUCAUCUUCGUUGCUUCGUGUCCGGAAAGAAAAAGAUCUCGGCAUCAUCGUGACAGACAAUCUCUUGUGGAACUCGCAUAUUCAAAUGAUAACAGCUAAAGCUAACAAGAUGCUUGGUCUCCUAAAGAGAACUUGUCCUUUAUUGACGGAAACCAAAAUCCGGCGUUCAUUAUACCUAUCGCUUGUUAAGUCGAAGUUAUGCUAUGGUACUGAAAUUUGGUCUCCAUCCAAUGUUUCCCUCAAAGUCAAGAUCGAAAGAAUACAACGACGAGCGACAAGAUGGAUCCUAAGAUCAAGAAUAG